AGCAGCCAAACAACAGUAGCCUAUAAUCUUUUAUAGCUCGUCCUGUAGAGGGAGCGCAGUGGAAUGAAUCGAUAGGAGGGGCUAUCUCACAUCGGCCGACAGACAGUUGUUUCCAAAGGACAGAGGCAAAAGCAACAGUAUCCAUAGGGAGCCCAUAGACGACCGACGUGUAGUCGUGUACUAUUCUUUCGCUUCACUUUGAAAGGAAACACUGUCUAUUAUACAUAUUAUACUAUUAGAUUGAUUUGUGUGACAAACGACCGCAAGGAUACUGCGCUAUCGGAUUUUAUUGUCGCUGAGUGAAGAGAGCGCGCGCAGGUUGGACGCUCGAGCGUUCCGCGGUGGACGCGAGAGUCGCACGCCGCUGUGGGGCUGAUGCGUGCGGCCUUUCCCUCAGCAGCGGCCCGCCAUGGCGGAGACCAAGAUCAUCUAUCACCUCGACGAGCAGGAGACUCCCUACCUCAUCAAAAUACCCAUUCCUGCUGAGAGCGUCACUCUCGCCGACUUCAAAAAUGUCCUCAAUAAACCCAACUACAAAUUUUUCUUCAAAUCCAUGGACGAUGAUUUCGGGGUGGUGAAGGAAGAGAUUUCUGAUGACAACGCCAAGCUACCGUGUUUCAACGGACGUGUUGUGUCAUGGCUGGUGUCUGCAGACGGCUCUCAUGGUUCUGACGGAGGAUCUGUGUGUGCAGACACUCCUGCCGAUCUGCCGCCCCCUCUGGAGAGGACAGGAGGCAUCGGAGACUCCAGACCCCCUUCCUUCCAUGCGAAUGCCGCAGGAAGUCAGGAUGACCUGGUCAACGACACCGAGCCUGAGGUGGGUCCAUCGCUGCGAAGAGAUCGAGAGAGGGAGAGAGAAAGGGAGAGAGAAAGGCCUCGUAGGAAAGAUGCACAUGACCAUGGAGGCCGGUUAAACGGUCACUCUCGGCCGGAGCGCAGACAGGAGAUCGGAGGCUAUGAGAGCUCCUCCACGCUCAUGAGCAGUGAGCUGGACACCACCAGCUUCUUCGACUCCGAGGAGGACGACUCGGCCAGCAGGUUCAGCAGCUCUACGGAGCAGAGCACAUCGUCACGUCUCAUGAGACGCCAUCGGCGCCGCAGACGGAAACCCAAAGCACCCAGGAUGGAGAGGUCCUCAUCGUUCAGCAGCAUAACUGACUCCACCAUGUCUCUGAACAUCAUAACUGUCACGUUAAACAUGGAGAAGUAUAAUUUUCUGGGGAUUAGUAUAGUCGGGCAGAGUAAUGAGAGGGGUGAUGGAGGGAUCUACAUCGGCUCCAUCAUGAAGGGCGGCGCGGUGGCCGCUGACGGACGCAUUGAGCCUGGUGACAUGCUUCUGCAGGUGAACGAUAUCAACUUUGAGAACAUGAGUAAUGAUGAUGCAGUGAGGGUGCUGCGAGAGAUUGUCCAUAAACCUGGACCCAUCAUACUGACUGUGGCCAAAUGUUGGGAUCCAAACCCCCGUAGCUGUUUCACCCUCCCAAGAAGUGAGCCGAUCCGUCCCAUAGAUCCUGCUGCCUGGGUGUCUCACACGGCCGCUAUGACGGGGGCGUACCCAGUGUACGGUAUGAGCCCUUCCAUGAGUACAAUCACCUCCACCAGCUCCUCCAUCACAAGCUCCAUUCCAGAGACUGAGCGGUUCGAGGAUUUCCAUCUGUCCAUCCAUAGUGACAUGGCAGCAGUAGCCAAAGCGAUGGCAUCGGCAGAGUCAGGCCUGGAGGUGCGAGACAGAAUGUGGCUGAAGAUUACCAUCCCUAAUGCAUUCAUAGGUUCAGAUGUGGUGGAUUGGCUGUAUCAUCACGUCGAGGGCUUCACUGACAGACGGGAGGCACGCAAAUACGCCAGCAACCUGUUAAAAGCCGGCUACAUCCGCCACACUGUCAACAAGAUCACCUUCUCUGAACAGUGCUAUUACAUCUUUGGGGACCUCUGUGGCAAUAUGGCCUGUCUCACCUUGCAUGACCAUGACGGUUCUAGUGGGGCGUCUGACCAGGACACUCUGGCUCCGUUGCCCCACCCUGGGGUGGCUCCCUGGCCUCUCACCUUCCCUUAUCAGUACCCGAUCCCUCACCCGUACAAUCCCCAUCCUGUGCACGAUCCCACAUACAGCUUCACUGCAGGGGGCGGCAGCGCCGGUAGCCCUCACAGCGAAGGCAGUCGAAGCACCGGCUCGAAUCGCAGCGGUAGCAAAAACGAAGUGAACGCAGCGGCUGGAACGCAGGAGUCUGGAGGCCGCUCUGGCAGUGGCAGCGAGUCCGAGAAAAGAGAGAAGGCCCCCAGCGAACGCUCUGCAGCGCCCCCUAGCGAACACAGCGUGCGCAGCUCACACACCAUCCGAAGCACCCAGAGCCUGGUGUGCGUACCGCCCGGCCUCCCUCCACAGCCACAGACACCCUCCACAGCAGCCCCGGGCUCUCCUCCAGAACGAGACCUGUCCUCGGUGCCACCCGAACUCACUGCCUCGCGCCAAUCCUUCCGCAUGGCCAUGGGGAACCCCAGCGAGUUCUUCGUCGACGUCAUGUGAUGUGCUACAGGUGACCCAGAGGGCCGACUCAACAUGCGCAGGCAUGUGAUAUCAAGAAAGAAAGAUGGGGAGGAAGACCAGAAAGAAAUGCAUUGACAUUUUAGCUGGUGGAGCGCGCCGAGUGUCCCUCCUAACUCUCCUCCUGUGUCCUGUGGCUUGCACUUUCUUCAGUGAAGAAGACUGGAAGAGGUCACGUAUCCCAUCAUGCCCUCAGAGACCAGAGUUCUCUGAUUAAUGGAGAUUCAGUGAUGAAGUCUGAGUGAAGGUGAAUGCUGGCUGGUUUUUGUGUACUUUUUAUGUACUUUACCUGCAUUUUAUAACAUUUUGUCCUCUGACCAGUUUAUUAUCCUCAAGCUAAGAUCUGUUUAUCAGUCGAAGAUAAACUAAUUCAAGCGAAAUGAAAGAAAAGCAUGAGACACGGGGAAGAAAAGUGAGGUAAUCUUCUACUUCUAAAUCAUUUUUUUGCUUUUUAAAGGAUGAACAAAUCAUUUUUAAUGAUUUAAAAAAAGACAAACGCUAUCAAAAGAUAGAAUCUUUGGCAAUUAUUUACUAUUUAUGACUUUAAUUUUCUGCUAAUAAUUGUGGAGAGUGAGAGAGAGAGAGUUAAAAAAGAGAGUUUUUAAGUUUACAGACAGGACUUUUAAAGUCUGCCUUACCUUCGGGUUAAAAUGAAUUUAUUAAACAUGAUACAUGACGUUUUUUUGUUUUUGUUUCUAAUAACGUGAACCAUUGAAUUCUGCACAAUAAGACCAGGGACUUUUAUUAAUAAGUAGCUCAAGUCAAAUAUGAUUUGAUGUUGAUUUAAAGAAAUUAAUUUGGGAGAUAUUCAGUCCUGUACUGUUAUUCUUUGUAAUAUUCUACCUGUAUUAUGUGUGGAGAUCAAAAGAUCAAAAUGGACCUUUAAUGUUUCUAUAUUAUCAGCACCCCUGAAUGAACCUGAUGAUGAUGCACUAUUAUAAUGUGAUGAAGAGCAGCUCUCUUCACUCUCUCACUCUUCCCCAAACAACACAGUACUUAAUAUGUUGAUGUUUGUCAUCAUUAACUAUCAGCACUCAGCUUUAUUGUUUCUCUGUAAACCUUUGAUCAUUUUUCUCAGAUGCAUUUAUCACAUGUUUAAUUAUUGGAAAACAGUAUUAAAUGGUUCAGUUUAAUACUCACUGUACACUGUUUUAUGACAAAACAAAUGGUUUUAUUUAUAAAUAUAGUUUAUUGCCUAAA